AUAUUUGACACAUGCUUUGUUAUUGUAAUCAGCUGUGCGAUUUUGAACUUUGAGAAUGUUAUUGUUAAUUUUAUCAGAUCUGUGUUUAUUGAUGUAGUGCUACAGCGUAUAAUGGAAUUAUUGAAGUGCGCCGAGGCGAUUUUUCACGAAAAUGAUACUUCUGCGAAGCAAAUUUCGUUGUGUUACAAACAUUUCGGAAGUUAUCAAGUGAAGUCUAAAAAUGAGGAAAGGUUUUUGUUUGAUCGUGUUUUCCCGAUUUUAAACAAACUGAUAGAAAGAAAUGUAUUGAAGAAGGAUGUUUUGUUUUUGGUGGCUUUGGCAUGCGUUAACUUCCGGUUAGUAGAAGAAAUGAUUAAAUAUGAAAAAGCCAUAUUCAAAUUGGAUGUUAAUAAAGCAUCUUCCCUAUAUGAUUAUGCCAUAUUUUACAAAAAUCAUUGGAUUAUGGAAGUUUUAAAAGAUGUUACUGAAGAUAAGUUUAAUCCAGUGGUUUACAACAAGUUUCUUCUUUUAAAAAUCAUAGAAAAAACCCAUGAAUCCAAUAGAAACAUUGAAGAUAUAAAAACAUUAAUAAAUAGUGUUAAAAUUCAGGAUUUUGAUGAAUUUUGGACAUACUAUUUAAAGGAAAUAAAAAGGUCUGUAAACAUUGUAGAUUAUUGCAGUAAAUUAUCAACUAGUGAUAAGACAGAAAUAUUUUCCUAUUCAGUAGAUAAUUCCAUAUUAAACAUCCUGGAUAAGUUUGUUUGUUUUAAAAAGGCUGAUUUUAAUGAUUUAUUGGAUAUUGUAAAAAAAGAUGAGGAUUUUUACAAUAAUGGACCACAACAAUCUGUAGUAUUUUUGGGGUUUAUAAUUAUAUCGAGUGUAUUACAAAUUUUAAUAUCUUUUAUUGAUGAUAACAGCACUGUUAUAAAUAUUGUUAAAGAUGUAACAGAAAAACUAAUUAGUAUUACCAACAGAAAGUACCAAAUUGAGCUUUUGGAGAACAUUUUUGCCCUAAUUUUCCUAAAAAACGUACAUUUAUCCAAUUUAGAAACAGAGGAAAAAUACAUUUGUAAUGAAAAAGAAUUAAGACUUAUUUUAUAUUUACUAAAAAAUGUGGUGGACGAAAUAAAGUUGAAAAAUCUUUACGAAAAAGAUACUGAGGAGUACAACCGCUUUAAAGAUUUGAGUAAAAAUGUUUCUGAUGCUACCUGGAGGUUGGAUUUGAUUGUGAAUGUUAAAUGUUUCGAAAAGUGUGAAAAAAAUUUGCUGAAAUACAUGCUGGCUUCUCCAGAGUCACUAAUACAAAUGUGCUUGAAGCAAGGAGAUUUUGAAAGGAGCUACCAAGUUAUUAAGAUUUUCAAUAUGAGCGAAUCCAAGAUAGCCGAGGAGAUCAAAUUCGCGGAAAAAUUAAACCAGCUGAAGGAAUCUUUAAGGAAAACCCACAAAAUUAAAUCGUUGAAGAAAGAAAACCCGGCGGUAUUGUCGGGGAAUUUUGAGUCUUCCGUGGAAAAAGUCAUCGACGAGUUUUUCGUUAAUGAAACAGAUGUUUUUUUCUGUGUUCUUGAUUUGGCUUUGACUCAGCCCAAGGAUUGCGAUAUUAUGUUGGAUAUUGCUGAUAAGCAUAACACUUCAGGCGAUAAUUUUUAUGAUAAAAUCAGAGGUUUAUACGAUUUCGUUGGAAUAAAUGAGAACAUCACUUUGUCGGAUAUUCUGAAAUCGUCCAGGUACGAUUUAAAUUUGAAUAGGUACACCACCAAACAAAAAUUCUAUGACGACUUGGCGGAGUCUUACAAAGAAUUGUAUCAGUCGCUGACGGUAGACGAAGCGGGUGUUUUUAACAGGAGUCACAAGAGUCACAAAGCUCUCAUCAAACUCAACAACAUUUGCAACAACUUCGUCGAAUCCCAAUCAAAAACGAAAGACAACAUUAAAUACUUACUGAAACUCUACAACUAUCUGAAAGCGUUCUCCGGCAUUCUCUACAUAGAACAAAACACGACGAACUUGAUAUCGAACGGUAAAAACACGUCGUUCUUCCAACUCCUCAACUACAACAGAGCGGAAUUGACGGGUAAACUUCUUUUCGUGAGGAAUUUAGACCCCAGUGAGUUCGAGAAAUAUUUCGGAAAGCUGAAACUCGACUUUCUCUACCACGUAAUCGGCAAUUGCUUUCCCACCAUCAACUUGCACACGCACGACGUCAGCAAGGAGGAGUUGUACCCGGAAAAUAGUUUGUUCGUGCCUAGUAAAAGCAUUAUAACGUACAUCCAGCGGAGAAAUUGGCUGCUGGCCUUUAUUCUGAACGAAAUGUACAAACUGGAUGAUUUGAAGAUGGAUAUCAGCGAGUUGAGAGUUCAGACGUUCUUGAACUGUCUCAACUUGCAGAGCAUGCAGAAUCUGAAGGUUAUAUUCAACAAUAACAUCAUCACCACGGUAUUGCAGAACGACAUCAGCACUCAAAAACUCUCAGACUACGUAAACAAUAAAGUCUUGCUGCAGGAUAAUUUUCUCACCGCGUCGCAUCAUAGCCACGUUUCGUGCGACAGUCUGGAAACUGGGGAAGAAAUCCUGGAAGACGCGCUAAAAUCAACGAACUGGAAAGACUUGUUCGAUAUUUUGGACAGCGUUCCGGAACAUCAGCUCAAAAAGAAGCAAGAGUUAAUAGACUUGAAGGACAUGGUGCUGGCGAAUUUGAUACAAGACGGCUUCGAAAUCGGUUACUACAAGUACGUGGAGUUUAUUUCUAACGCGGAUGCCAGAAUUAACACCGUUUUGAGCAACUUCCGCAAGUGGCCUGGGGAAUUUUGCGUCUAUAUUUUGAAGUCCGAAAUAAGCAGGUUCGACGGCGCUAGACACAGGCAAAUGCCGGAGCUGAUAGAUUGGUUGCAGGAAAUAGAGUUGUGCGAAAAACUUAAGCCUAUUUUAAACCUACCCAAUUGGUCUUUGGUUUAUGACUGCUGCACAAACGAAAAAUAUACAGUAAUAUCGAGCCUUGUACUGGAAGAUGAGAUCAAAUUACUGCUAAAUUAUAUUGAAAUGCACAACCCGCCUUCAGAAACUCUUGUGGAGAUUCGCGAGUCUUACUUCAUGAUGAUGUUUGAGUUGAAUAAAGAUUUUUCGUACAUUAAACAAUUAUUAGAUGCGUUACCAUACCAACACUCCUUAAAUAUAUGCAGGAAUUUGUUGAAACUUCUAAGGAAACUGCCCCAGCUGCAAUUUGUAACCGAAUAUUUGCUUAGCAACGAAAACGAAGAAUCUUUGAGAUACGUGGAGAUUAGCCUUAAGUUGUUGGAAGUUUUUACCACAACAGAGCAGGAACAACUAUUAUGUUUACUGUACGAACCCCUAAACAUCGUGGAGAUUCUCAUAAUGAACACCAAACUGGACAAGUUAUCGGUGGUGUUGGAAAUUCUCGAACGCGAAAUUCCCCACAACGUUCUCGACGAAGACAAACUAAGCAGGGAAAAAGUCGAUCAGCUGCUAAGAAAAUACGCGGAAAAAAGCCUGGACUUCCGAGUUAUCACGCAACCGAAUCCCAGACUGUUAAGAACCCCGGAAAUAAAGUUGAUGCAAUCAUUGGACUCGCUAAAUUUCGGUUCGGAUGGGAGAUCCUUUCAAAUGCCAGAAAAGGUGCCGGACAAACAAGACUGGGUGCAAAACCACGAAGUUUUGGAAUGCAUGUGCUGCCAGCAAAUCACGUUUUCCAUGUUCAAUAGACGGCAUCACUGUAGGAGAUGUGGCAGGGUGGUUUGCUACAACUGUUCAAUGAAGAGAAUGUUGGUGGACACCUAUGGGGAUAUAAUGGUGAGGGUGUGCGCAGACUGCUUUCAGCAGACGGUCGGCGAUUCGAACUCGGAAAUUACCGACACCACAUCAACAAAGUCAAUUUACUACGAUUAUUGGCUUCUGACGGACGAUCCCGAACACAAUUUGAUAGUAAGAGAGGAAUUUUCCUAUGAACACGCGCCAAGUGUAUCUUUGUGUCUGUCGAUAUUAAAAUAUCAUUCCAAAUGCAUUGAGUACCCAAAGUUUUUAUUGGAACAAUGCAAUUUAAUGCUAAAGUUAUUGCUACCAAGUCAAGAUCCAAUUCAAGAGAUAGAUUACUUACUGGUAAUAAAGAUGUUAAAAUCUCUUGCAAUGGCAGCUAAAAUGUCUUCAGUGGAGUGCACCCUUCAAUAUGGCACUUCACUGGCAGACCGCAUAUUAUCCCAAUCGGAGUUGCUUAGUCUUUUGGCCGAAAGAGGGUGUUUGAACAUGUUGCCAAUCAGCGCCUCCCAAAACCAGGGUCCGUUUAUCGAUGCGGCCGUUUUGAGGCGUUUGAGAGACAAGUUACUGGAAAGAGAGCAAUGGAAUUUAGCUUUGGAAGUUUCCACGAAAACUGGACUGGAUAACGCCGGAAUUUUUGCCGCCUGGGGGAAGAGCUGUCUAAAGGCGGGCUGUUUAUCGUUGGCAAGAGAAAAAUUUCAGCGAUGCCUGGAAAAAUCAUCGUAUUACGAUACUCUAUCGGACAGCGCUACUAUUUGCAGCGAGCACGAAGAAAGCUCUAGCGAUACGCAUUUAAGUCGUUCCCGCUACCUAUCGAGAUAUUCCACCAACAGCAACUACAGCGACGGCAAGCCGGCCAAAAACCCGCCGCUGCUGAACGAGAUAAUCCAAAUAUUGGAAUCGAAAACGGAAAAAAUUAACGUCGAGGUCCUCGAUUUGUGCCAGUCGAAGAAUUUGUCCGCCUCGAUGAGCAGUUUGAAUCAAGGUUCCGUCAUACUCUCGCAAAGUAACGACGCGGCCAUUUGUAUACUGAAUAAGAUUAAGAAUUUCAAGGAGAUUGUCGGCGGUAAUUAUUUUCCGAAUUCGGAUAAAAACAGGCCUCAAACCAACAGACCCAAAAUCGACCCCAUUUUUUACGACGAGUGUAUCUAUUAUUUAUCCAAAUACGGUACGCACAUUAGUUUACUGGAAUUCUAUGUGAGAAAUGGGGACAUUAGCACAGCUUUGGAAUACAUCAAUGAGGCUAGAUUGAGUGCGGAUAUUUUCAAUGAAAUUUACGUCAAAUGUCUCAAAGAUGGUAUUGUUAAUAUAUUACAAGAAGAAAUGACCAAAAUUGAUUCCACUUUGGACAUUUGGAAGGAUUAUUUAAGGCAGAUCUGCAGACAUUUAGAAAAACAAAACAUGCUAAACUCCCUAUACCAAUUACAACAAUACAUGGGGGACUAUAUUAGAGCUGCUAUGACUUGCAUAAGAUUUUACCAGGAAAAUGUGGAUUCUUUUACAGACUAUUCCACAAAAGAACAUUUUUUACACAAAGCAGAAGAACACCUUAAGCAUGUCCUGGAACAGGACCAGUGGGUCGAAGUGGCAUCAGUACGCACCUCAACGUCAAAGGAUAGUUUUGAGGAAAAAGGUCUUAUUAAUCCUUCCUUGGUAAUGAAAAUCAACUCAAAAGACAUUGACAAUCAUAUAAACACGAUUUGGAGACAAAUUGAGAUCGUGAAAUUCUUGUCGGAUUGCGAAAAUAACGAGUUCAAGCCUGUAAAGUUGCUGGCGUCCAUUUUUUAUCAAGAAGACGAUUUAAAGAAAAAAGUAAAACUGCCAACCCUAUUUGGCACAACAAGUGAAAAAGUUUGCCUUGCUGUGUUGGCCAUAGUAAGCGGUAAAAAUGUUGAAGACGGCUUUGACAUCGCCCUAAGGAUCAUUGAAGAAUUGAAACUGAAACCGGCCAAGGUGUACUGCGAAGCUGGCAAGCAGCUGGCGAAAUCCGAGAGGUACGCGGGCAUAGCGCAGCUGGUGAGUUCCAUUAAAAAGAGCGGCACCAACGACAACGUCAUAACGGACAUGUGCGACGAAAUGUUGACGUUGGCUGUUGCCACGUUUACCAAGGCCAACGUGACCGGCACAAAAGUGGAGGAUCUGAUCAAAUUAAUUUCGGAUAUUGCCACAAAGAUUUCCAUGUACAUCGAGGCAAAACAGCUGAAAACUGCGUGCUAUUUGGCCAUCAAGUACAAACGUAUGUCGGAUGUCAGAAGGAUUUUAAGGGAGGCCGAAUUAUUUAAUCAGCCCAGCAUUAAAGCUUUAUGCUUGAGAGUUUUGCAGAAACAUUCGCAUGCCAAAGAAUAAAAUAAAUAGUGUAAGAAAUGUGUUUUUAAAACCUAUUAUUUGCAAUAUAAAUUACAAUGCUCAUACUAAUAAUUUAUGAGUCAUAAAUAAUGUGGCUUUUGCUAAGAGUUCUACAAGGUCUAUAAAAAACAUUGAAAGAUAUUUUUUUUGUAACUAUGGUAACUAAAUUUAAAAGGUACCUAACCUGAAUUAUACUAAGUGUAAAAUGAAUAAUUUA